UUUACCCUCCACGGCAGUAGGUGGCGAUAUACUACACUUCGAGUUGGAGCAGUUAUACUCGAUAAGGAGUAGAAGAAAAUCCUCCGGAACAGUAGGUGGUGAUAGAAACUAAAUAUUGUGGUGGCACUGGAAGAAAAACAGACCCGUUUCCGUCGGCAAAAAAAAGAUAACAAAAAAAAAAAACGAAAAAGAAAGCAAGCGAGUCUGUGCAGCCCUUCUUUGGAGGAUGACGAGGCUGAGUUUUUCGUGUUUUUGCACAUAAUUUAAUUCCAUCUGAUUAUCGUAUCAAUGAACGUACUUCUGUUUAUUUCUUCACCUAAUAUUUUUUUUAAAGUCCCGGCGAAAUAUGCAGCUGCAACUUUCCCGAUUCACCUCCCAGGCUGUCUGUGGGAUGCGCACUUCACUUGGCGAAUGGAGCGAGACAAGCUGCUGCAAAAUGUAGACGCGAAGGCAGACGCACGCCAGGCGAAGCGCUUUCGUCUUUUCUGAAGUGAUUUCAUUGUUUUAUGUCGCCGACCCGCUAAAGGGAGCCGUCCACCGCAAACCUAGUUCUCCAUGGCCUGCUAUCGAGGAUUGGCAGGCGGAUACCUGCAGGGUCUGGAUACGCUCACCGCUUCUGAGGAGACCCCGGCAGUGUUCCAGGCAUUUGGGCAGUUCUGGGACGUGCAGUGCAGGCUGGGCCGGGGGGUGUCCGCCUCGGUGCACAAGGUGUCCUCGGGAGUGGCCUCGGCAGCCGUGAAAGAGUUCGAGAGCAGCGCUCAGGGCGGAGAUUACGGCUUUCUUAAGGAGCAGGCCGUGCUGGAGGAGCUUAAGGGCCACCGGAAUAUCGUCACCUUAUAUGGCACGUUUACUAAUUAUUCUGGUCCACACUUAUCCACUAACUGCCUUUUACUGGAAUUACUUGAUGUGAGUGUCUCAGAGCUGCUGCUUCGGUCCAAGAGUCAUGGUCACUCAAUGUGGAUGAUUCAGCAUUUGGCCAGGGACAUUCUUGAGGCACUUUUCUUCCUACAUCGAGGACACUAUGUUCAUGCUGACAUUAAGCCCAGAAAUAUCCUAUGGAGUGCUGAUGAUGAGUGCUUUAAGUUAAUUGACUUUGGCCUCAGCUUCAAAGAAGGAAAUCAGGAUGUAAAGUACAUACAAACAGAUGGCUACAGGGCUCCAGAAGCUGAACUUCAAAACUCUCUUGCUCAGGUUGGUCUGGAAAGUGAUGUCGAGUGUACCUCAGCUGUGGACCUCUGGAGUCUAGGAAUCAUCCUGCUCGAAAUGUUCUCAGGAAUAAAGCUGAAAGAAACUGUUCAGUCUCAGGAAUGGAAGGUCAAUAGUUCUGCCAUUAUUGAUCACAUCUUUGCUAGUAAGAUUGUGGUUGGUUCUGCUAUCCCAGUCUAUCAUCUCAGAGACCUUAUAAAAAGCAUGCUUCAGAGUCAUCGAGCACAAAGAAUUACUGCUGAAAAUGCCUUGUGUAGUCCAUUUUUUAGCAUUCCUUUUGCACCACAUAUUGAAGAUUUGGUUAUGCUUCCCUCACCUGUUUUGAGGUUGUUAAAUGUAAUUGAUGAGCGCCAUCUUCAGACUGAAGAAGAGUAUGAAGAUGUUGUUGAAGACAUGAAAGAAGAGUGCCAAAAGUAUGGAGUUGUGGUUUCUCUCCUAGUCCCAAAGGAAAACCCAGGCAAAGGCCAGGUUUUUGUUGAGUAUGCAAGUGCUGGUAACUCCAAAGAAGCCCAGAAGAUGCUAACUGGAAGAACAUUUGAUGGGAAGUUUGUUGUAGCCACCUUCUAUCCUUUGAGUGCCUAUAAGAGAGGAUACUUGUAUAAAACCGUGCUUUGACUAAGUUCCUUAAGUUGAUUGGGAUCGUUUUGCUUUUGUAGUAUGGAAAGAGGUUCUCACCAAAACCUUUAUAUUACUGAAACCACUGCUAAAUAUCUAAAUGUUUUCAUAUUUGGAAAUGUUAUGAGAAUAUGAAUAGGUAAGAAAAUUACCACCCCUUAGAUGAAAGCCAAAGAGAGCCAUCAGUCUUUAAUCAUGUGUGUCCAGUUUACUUUUUACAUAAGAAAAUUAAAAUUCAGGGUCGUCUCCUCAGGUAGAUGAAGCAGGCAGAAGCAUAUUGUUGUUGGCAGGUCAUAAAGUAACAGGGUGUAUCACUUUUUUCUUUUUCUUAUUAACAGACUUCCUGUAUUAGCACAUAUCUACCCAGGUACUUUGGUGAACAACUUGAAAAACUCAAUUUUAAUCCUGUGGAUUCUUAGUUGAAAAAGUCGAUAUUCAUCCUAUUUAUUCUCAGUGGAUCUCUAGAAUCAUGCUGGCACUGAGAAUUUUGUAGCAGUUUAAAAUUAUAGUUCGUAAUAUAACUUUCUGUUGCCUUGUAGACAGUAGAUUCAGAAAAAAGUAAUUGGUAUAAUGAGGAAUUGGGUUACAUAUACAAUAAUAUAUAGGGUUAUAUAUACAGAAAUAAUGCAAUCACUGAUACGAAGAAGAAUCUGUAUACAAUUUAUUGGCUCUGGCAGCAAUUUGCCAGUAAUGUACAAACAACUGUGUGUGUGUGUGUGUGUGUUUAGACAUGUAUGUACAGUAUGCACUAUUAUGAGCUUAUGAACAGGAGCAGUUGUAUUUU